CGCGAGCGGCGCCUCCGGGCCGGUGAAUCAUCCCGGCAGACACCGAGAGCCGCGGCAGCAGAGAGCAGCGCCGAAAAAUGGCUGAAGCGGGCACGGGCUUUCUGGAGCAGCUCAAGUCCUGCAUAGUUUGGUCUUGGACUUAUCUCUGGACCGUAUGGUUCUUCAUCGUCCUCUUCCUGGUCUACAUCCUGCGGGUGCCCUUGAAAAUCAACGACAACUUGAGCACAGUGAGCAUGUUUUUGAACACAUUAACACCGAAGUUCUACGUGGCCCUAACAGGAACUUCCUCACUAAUAUCAGGGCUUAUUUUGAUAUUUGAAUGGUGGUAUUUUCGCAAGUAUGGAACAUCAUUCAUUGAACAAGUCUCAGUAAGCCACUUGCGCCCCCUUCUGGGAGGGGUUGACAACAAUUCCUCCAACAAUUCUAAUUCCAGUAACGGGGACUCAGAUUCCAACAGGCAAAGUGUCUCAGAAUGCAAAGUAUGGCGAAAUCCACUUAAUUUAUUUAGGGGUGCUGAAUAUAAUCGGUACACUUGGGUGACUGGACGAGAGCCUCUGACUUACUAUGACAUGAAUCUCUCUGCCCAGGACCACCAGACCUUCUUUACCUGUGACUCCGACCAUCUGCGUCCUGCAGAUGCAAUAAUGCAGAAAGCCUGGAGAGAGAGAAACCCCCAAGCUAGGAUUUCUGCUGCCCACGAAGCCUUAGAGAUAAAUGAAAUUAGGUCCAGAGUUGAAGUUCCCCUAAUUGCUUCCUCUACCAUCUGGGAGAUAAAAUUGUUACCAAAGUGUGCAACUGCUUAUAUUCUCUUGGCUGAAGAAGAAGCAACAACCAUUGCUGAAGCAGAGAAGCUGUUUAAGCAGGCCCUGAAAGCUGGAGAUGGCUGUUACCGGCGCUCUCAGCAGCUGCAGCACCAUGGAUCCCAGUAUGAAGCCCAACACAGACGAGACACCAAUGUCUUGGUCUACAUCAAAAGAAGACUAGCCAUGUGUGCCAGAAGACUUGGGAGGACCAGAGAAGCAGUGAAAAUGAUGAGAGAUUUAAUGAAGGAGUUCCCUCUCCUGAGCAUGUUCAACAUCCAUGAGAACCUUUUAGAGGCUCUCCUGGAACUACAAGCAUAUGCUGAUGUUCAGGCAGUCUUAGCAAAGUAUGACGAUAUAAGCUUACCAAAGUCGGCAACAAUAUGCUACACAGCUGCCUUGCUCAAAGCAAGAGCUGUUUCUGACAAAUUCUCUCCUGAGGCUGCUUCUCGGCGGGGGCUGAGCACAGCAGAGAUGAAUGCGGUAGAGGCCAUUCAUAGAGCUGUGGAAUUCAAUCCUCAUGUGCCAAAAUACCUACUAGAAAUGAAAAGCUUGAUCCUGCCCCCAGAACACAUCCUGAAGCGAGGGGACAGUGAAGCGAUAGCAUAUGCGUUCUUCCAUCUGGCUCACUGGAAGAGGGUGGAAGGAGCUUUGAAUCUUCUCCAUUGCACAUGGGAAGGCACUUUUCGGAUGAUCCCUUAUCCCUUGGAAAAGGGGCAUCUGUUUUAUCCCUACCCCAUCUGUACAGAGACAGCAGAUCGCGAGCUGCUUCCAUCUUUCCAUGAAGUCUCAGUUUACCCCAAAAAGGAGCUUCCCUUCUUUAUUCUUUUUACUGCUGGAUUGUGUUCCUUCACAGCCAUGCUGGCCCUCCUGACACAUCAGUUCCCGGAACUCAUGGGGGUCUUUGCAAAAGCUUUCCUCAGCACGUUGUUUGCCCCCUUAAACUUUGUCAUGGAAAAAGUGGAGAGCAUCCUGCCUUCCAGCCUGUGGCACCAGCUGACUCGGAUCUAGGGGAGCCCACCCGUCCUCCCUGUCACCGCGCCCAGCAGGCGCCACCGUCUCCUUGUGCCAACUCCUCGCGGACCGCAAGAAAGCAUGACUUUGAAAAAGGGAAGCCAUUCCAGGAUUUUAAAACCUUCAUGAACUGUCUGUUCCAUAUUAAAAGCUGUUUUUGUUGUACAAAAUUCACUGAUGUUCAGUUCUAUUAUAUUUUGCCUUCAGAAAAGAAAAAAAGUCAAAAAUAAACUUUUGUGUAUUGCAGCAACCAGUCGUGUCUCCCAACCCUAAAAUCGUUGGUAUCCAAAUAAACCUAUAGGUUACAUUUAAUUUGCUAAUGCCCCCAAAUCUGAAUGCCACACGAUGGUAUUCUGAGCUGAGGGGACUCAUUUCAGCAGGCCAUUGGCACUCUUUGGCUUGGAAAAUAGACUCUCUUUGGCUAAAAAGCACCAUCUUUUCAGCUCCAAACUGUGUGCCCUCAUAGGCCAAAUAUGCAAAGAAACUUCCAGCAUGAAUGACAGGAAGCAUGAAUGAAAAGUAUGUGCCAUCACAGGUUGUUCUGGUUCACAGACUCUACUCACAGAGUAGAGCUCAGCACUGUGGUUCAAGGAAUCAUUUUGGUUCAGCUUUCUGAAAUUUGUUGUGAGAAGAAAACUUCUGAUGAGAAGAUGCUAACCCAAUUGUCUAUUGUAGAACCUGCCCACUUUUCAACAUUGCCAUUUUUAAAAUAUUUUCUCAUAAGGGUAAUUUCUGUUUUUAUCAUCUUUGCAUUCUUGAUGCGUGCAUGUGAGCGUUCCUUGAGUGUUUUCGUGAUCUGAACCAAAGUGGUCGUUUGUCUUCACCAUCUUUGAAAGCCUUCUCCAUGAGUCACACCUGCCGAGCAUGCAUCUGGCUUUACUUAAGCAAAAGAGAAAAAUAAAUAACCUUGACUCCUCUUCUGAAGUGAAAAGUACCUCUAUUCAGAAUCUCAAUCUAGUGCUAUAUAAAAAGGACUGUCCUUUACAUGGUUUGUUUUCCCUUUUGUUUAGAAUCCUGAAUCUUUCCCCAUGAGCGUUACAGUAGGCAGAGUUGGGGAAAGCACCACACAACAGCCCCCUUGGCAUUUGGACUUCCUGCAGCCUCCUGGUCUCCAUCCAAGAGCAGAGUCAAGAGGCAGGUGAAAAGUGAAAGUAGCGCUGAGCCUUUGUGUUUGGAGUAAGCUGGUACAGAGGCAGCACCCACCCAGAGCAACAAGAGUGACCCUACUCAGCUCCUUCCCCAGGACCUACACUCAGCAUCUCAGCCUCAAGGCGCCAUCACCUGGAACUGAGUUUGUGAGUGUCCAUGCUUUAUCUCCAUGGAUUCUGUGUAUCUCUGUUAGCAAGAUGUGUCCUAAGGUAAUCACUUCUUCGCUUUUUGCCAUUUCGGCUUAUGAAAGUUUUUAUAGGAAGGUUCUACUUCUAGACAGCAAGGGAAACCUGUCUCAGGCUUUCAAUAACAAGUUAAACAACUGGUGAACUCCAUUUGCUUUCUGAACUUGACAGGAGGAUUGCUUGUUUUCUACAGCGGGAGAGGAGACCUCGUGGUGACCUCUGGCCCAGGUCAGGGUUUUUACAGAAUAACCAGUGCAAGUGGCCUGUGAUUAGGUGCAG